UUUUCUGCUCGUCUGCAUUUGUGGUAUGUGAACCUAUCGAGUCGAGACAGAGCUCGGCUAUUUAUGCAUCAUCAAGACAAACUGAUACAACUUGUCAAUGGUAGUAUAGGCGUAUAGUUAGUUCAUUUCGUUGUUUAUAUGUAUCGCCGAUGUAGACUUGACGAUGUUCAAUGUGUUUUAAAUACUGUUCAAAUUGUUGAGCUAAAUAUUGAGAAGAUAUCAGACAGUGAGGGAUUUUAUACAGAAUCCAUCUGUAUAAGGACUAUAUUACGUACAAUACAAUUUAGGAAUGGCCAAUCUCCUAAUACCAGUGUUGGUGAUCUUUUGGUGGGUUGCGAACGCCUUAACUUCGGUGUUUUCCAAAAUUGAAAUGUCGAAUAAGGAGCAAUCAACGAUUGAGAUGAAAUGGCUCGACUUGACAUUCCUACAGUUGUUUCUUGGUUGCAUUUUCUCCGCGUUUUCAUUAAUCGUCUUUCAGGGUAGAUCGUUAAGCUUAAAGAACGUCAACAGUUAUCAUAGUAUUCUGGCUAUCAUUGGCAAUAUUGUCGGCCAUCUUGCUGUCAAUGUAUCCUAUACAUUCGUUAGCUCCAGUGCCACUCAGGUGGUUAAGUCUUGCGAACCAAUGUUUACGUUUUUCUUUCUUCUUUGUUUGCAACAAACUAAAAACAGCGGAAAGGAGCGCAUGACGGCUGACGUAUUCAUGUCGAUAGUGCUCAUGUCACUUGGAACGGCGCUAUUUGUGAUGUGGGAUAUCACGUUUAACAUUUACGGAAUUGCAGCUGCCGUUGUAUCAAACAUUGCCUUUCCACUUCGAAACAUCGCUUUGAAGAGAGCAUCGAUGUACGAUGGUCCAUUUGAAAAGUACUUAAAUUUGUCAUUUUAUGGUACACUUGGGCUUUUCCCUCUCCUAUUUUUAAAAUUCCUCCUGGGAAUAAAAUCAUUUGAAUUUUCAUAUAAUGGAAUACUAUCCGCUACAUUUCACGGAUUAUACAACCUGGCAUCGAUCUCGGUCCUUCAAUCUGUCGCACAACUCAAUCAUUCCAUCCUGAACUUUUCCAAGCGUUUACUCGUCAUUACACUUAAUAUCAAGUACUUCAGGCUUCUAAUGACUUGGCACAUGGUUAUUGGUCUAAUAAUUAUAUUUGCCGGUCUAGCAUUGUAUAUCAUUCAUCAGCAAAGCGACAAGGACUGGAUACGAAGAGCCUUUAAUACAAUACUUAACAAUCCUAAACGCUAUCUAAAAUCAAACAUAAAAGCUAUAACGUUGGUUUGCCUGUUUUUUGCCAUUGUUCAUAAUACUAUGAAAGUUGAAAUUAAAGAAGAAACUCUCCCCCAAACACCAAACAUGGCGGCCGCACGCGAUAAACUUACCACUGCUUGGAUAUUCAAUAAAGCUGUGUCUCGGUUAUUCAUUGAUGAUAUUAAAGCUCUGCAAAGCCAAAAUAAAAAGCCUGUGCAUGUGUAUUGUGGGACGAUGAAAUGUGUGAGAAAGAUAGACAGUCUAAAAAAUCCGUUCAUCGAAGGAAAGUUUCUUCUUGUUUCCGACAUGUUAAGUGAGACUCCUCUCAAAGGCUGGGUCGAACGUCAUGCGUUAUACAAGAUAUUGAUGGGAGUUCGUUUUGAGUGGUACCUAACCCAAGCUAUAUGUCUUGGUCACUUAUGGCGAUACGGUGGAAUCUUUUUCUUUCCCCGGUAUAGAAAAUACAGCGAUCAAAAAAAGGAGGUGGAUUAUUUAUUUCCCUGUGUUGUGUUGCAAAGUAAGCCUGAACAAGUCCAGUCGCAACGUAGCAAGAGACUAUCACCCAGAAGUGUCACUGUCAUUAAGAGAAUGAAAGAAUUUGUUGCCGAAAUGAAGAACUGGAAUUCUGUCAAUCUAACAGCAAUGUUCAGUAAUAACAUCUGGAACGCUUUAAGCGGACACUGCAAAACUGACAGGCACUGGUGUGCAUAUUUGAAUCGUAAAAGUUUGCGCGAUCUUUAUAAACGAGAAGGAAUCCCGCUUCAUGAUGGAGACCAACAUUUCGGAAUUCUAUCAUACGAUAGCCAAAUUGGCAGAAGAAAUCGUGGAAAUAUAGGCGAUGAAAUUCAAGGAAUUACCGGCCUCCAGUUCCUGCCGUUCGUCGACUUCUUUCGUGAUAGGGAUAGAAACUUAUCUCCCUCCACCGUCGGUGAGCACGUGAUGUUUUUCAACGCAUGGUGGGGGAAAGGCCGUGAUAAUUGGCCGCCUCGAUCAAAUAUUUACCCUGUCAUGUUGUCUAUUCAUACAGAUGGGAGAUUUCAAAACGCCAUUCGGAAAUCUUCUCAUAAGAUCGAAUUUCUCAAAUCCAGAGAGCCGAUCGGCGCCCGCGAUACGAGGACACAAAAGUUCAUGACAAGUAUUGGCGUUCGCUCAUUUUUCUCUGGAUGCAUGACGUUAUUUCUGAAACGCCCACGCGAGAAAACGAAAAGAACUGAUGUAAUCUAUGUUGUUGAUUUAAACAGAGAACAUCGCGCACUUCUCCCAAAAUAUAUACGUGAAAAAGCGAAAUUUAUAUCCCAUACUGCAGAUUACGGUAUCAAUUAUAACAUGUUGACCAAAAGACGUUAUUUACAUGCGUAUAAACUGUUGGAAAUCUACUCGCAAGCAAAGCUCGUCAUCACCCAAAGAAUACAUGCUGCUCUACCUUGCGUUGCCAUGGGCACGCCAGUGAUCUUUUUCAACGGGAGAAAUUUGCCCGGAGGAGGAGGAUUGAAUCAAACGAUUUCUGAUCGAGUGAAAGGUCUCACAAACAUGUUUCACACGAUUGAUCUUUUUAGGAUAACGAGCGAAGAAGCGCAAAAGAAGCUCGAGGAUUUCAACUGGUCCCAACCCCCGAAAAAUCCAGAUUUUGCCACUCGUAUGAGAAUGAUGUCAUCUAUGUGGUAUAUAAUUCGCCAAAAGGAUGUCUUCUACGAAACUGCGCUCCGCUUCGGAAUGCUACCGCUUACUCCAAAAUGGAUGAUGAAUGCGGAAGGUCAAUCUCAUAUAUUUCAUCUCAUUCUUAAUGCGCGCGGAAGCAAAAAGCGAAGCGAUUAUUACGUCUUAAGUUGGUAUCAGUGGCGUUGCGUGGAGUCUGUAUUGCGUCAUCACCCAACUGCGCGAUUGUAUAUACACAGCAACACACUAGAACAGAAGUCAUUUGACUUUCUGACAGAGGUCGGCUAUCAAAUUACAGUAAAGAGAUACAAAAUAGAUGGUUUGAUUGGAAACACGCCUUUGAAAAAUAUCCACGCUCCCGAUUUUGUUAGUGCCGCCAAAUCCAGGACUUUAAAACGGCUUGGGGUCUUUAGGUUACUGCUGUUGUAUCAAUUUGGCGGAACGUUCUUGCAAGAUGACACAAUUGUGUUAAAACCCUUUAUAAAGUCCCUUGGAAAUGUUAACAAAAUCAGCCUGGACGAAAAGUCAAACGUAGUGACGUGGAUUCUCUCGUUUGAAAAAGGCCAUACUUUUCUUCACGAUAUUCUACAGGGAUUUUCACGAAUUUAUAGCAAGGAAAUGAGCCCCGGAGAAAGAGACACUUUAAUAUCUAAGGUUUGGCAGGAUUGGCAAAAAAAUGCGGCGACAAGAAAUUCUAUCAAAAUUGCGCAACAAGAUCAGUUUCAUUCCACAACAGCUAGAAUGCUAAGUGGGAACAACAGUCUUUACGAAAUGAUCAAAGAAAAGACGUUUGUGGUAAGGGUGAUCGACGCAGAAAAGUGCAUUAAAAAGUUGAAUAGAAGCGAAGUCAUAUUGAAAGAUAACACCUUUUGUAAAAGCAUCUAUAACGACCAUUGUUUAAUAUGUAGCAAGCAAUAUUAGCAAAUCGUUUUCUCAUUAACGUCUUAAAAACGUGAAUAGAUUUCUUGAAGAAGGUACAACUAGAAAUAAUGUACUCAAACACCAAAAUCUUUAUCCGAGGGUCUUGAUCGGUGGACAUUGUACAUUGUAAUAUAUUUCAAUCUUAUCCAGUAUCCACUGAUUAAAGGUGCAAACAGUUUUA